UCUCCUGCUGCCUGUAUCUGCAUUCAAGCUAAAAAUUACUCCAUGUAGUCUGACUUCCUGGGAACCUGGGGGAGAGUGUUGCGAGCCCCAUACAUGACCCAUUUCUCUAGCUCUGUUUGGACUGAAACUGGGAUCUUUUUUAAACCUCCUCACCAGGGAGAGGGGACUACAGGGAUUUCCCUUUUUUUUAGCUCUCCAUUUAUUCUUUCACCACAUCGGUGGACAGGAUGAUCGCAGCACAGCUUCUGGCCUACUACUUCACAGAGUUGAAGGAUGACAAAGUCAAAAAGAUCGAUAAGUACCUAUACGCCAUGCGUUUCUCCGACGAGACGCUGAUGGACAUCAUGAAACGAUUCCGGAGGGAACUGGGGAAUGGGCUGGGUCGGGACACGAACCCCACAGCAACUGUCAAGAUGCUGCCCACCUUCGUCAGGUCCAUUCCUGAUGGAUCAGAGAAGGGGGACUUCAUUGCUCUGGAUCUGGGUGGCUCGGCCUUCCGCAUCCUGCGAGUGAAGGUGUCCCAUGAGAAGAAGCAGACGGUUCAGAUGGAGAGCCAGAUCUAUGACACUCCAGAGGACAUCAUCCAUGGCAGUGGCACUCGGCUGUUUGACCAUGUUGCAGAGUGCCUGGGUGACUUCAUGGAGAAGCAGAAUAUCAAGGAUAAGAAGCUUUCUGUCGGCUUCACCUUCUCCUUCCCCUGUGCACAAACCAAACUGAAUGAGAGUUAUUUGCUCACUUGGACAAAACGCUUUAAAGCCAGUGGAGUUGAGGGAAUGGACGUUGUGACUCUUCUGAACAAGGCCAUCAAAAAACGUGGGGACUAUGACGCAGACAUCAUGGCAGUGGUCAAUGACACAGUUGGAACCAUGAUGACCUGUGGCUUUGAUGACCAGCGUUGUGAAGUUGGUAUCAUCAUAGGCACAGGUACUAAUGCUUGUUACAUGGAGGAGCUAAGGCACAUUGACCUGGUGGAGGGAGACGAGGGCAGAAUGUGUAUCAACACAGAGUGGGGAGCCUUUGGGGACGAUGGAAUGCUGGAGGACAUUCGCACAGAGUUCGACAGAGAAAUUGACAGGGGCUCUCUAAACCCAGGGAAACAGCUGUUUGAGAAGAUGGUCAGUGGGAUGUACAUGGGCGAACUUGUGCGACUCAUCCUGGUCAAGAUGGCCAAAGAGGGAUUUUUGUUUGAGGGUCGGAUAACCCCUGAACUUCUUACUAAAGGGAAAUUUGAAACAAAACACGUUUCUUCCAUUGAAAAGAGUAAAGAAGGCCUCACUAAAGCCAAGGAUAUCCUACUUCGCCUGGGUGUGGAACCAUCCGCAGAUGACUGCGUUGCUGUGCAGCACGUAUGCACCAUAGUCUCCCACAGAUCAGCCAACCUCCUCGCUGCCACUCUGGGCGGCAUCCUCUCCAGGCUAAAGGACAACAAAGGGAACCCUCGCCUACGCACCACUGUGGGCAUCGAUGGCUCUCUCUACAAGAUGCACCCGCAAUAUGCCCGGCGUCUCCACAAAACAGUCCGCCGCCUAGUUCCUGAGUCAGAUGUCCGCUUCCUGCUCUCAGAGAGUGGGAGCUCCAAGGGCGCUGCCAUGGUGACCGCUGUGGCCUACCGGCUGGCUGACCAGCGUCGUCAGAUCACAGAGACCCUGGCUGAGUUCAGACUGACCAGUGACCAGCUGCUGGAGGUGAAGAAGAGGAUGAGGACAGAGAUCCAGAACGGCCUGGGGAAAAAGACCCAUGACAGCGCCACCAUAAAGAUGUGGCCCACAUAUGUACUCAGCAAACCAGACGGAUCAGAAAAUGGUGAUUUCUUGGCUUUGGAUUUAGGAGGGACAAACUUUAGAGUGCUGUUGGUGAAGAUUCGCAGUGGCAAGCGGCGGACAGUAGAGAUGCAUAACAAAAUUUAUGCCAUUCCUAUGGAGGUGAUGCAGGGGACUGGAGAGGAGCUGUUUGACCACAUUGUCCAGUGCAUAUCUGACUUCCUGGACUACAUGGGUAUGAAGAACACUCGCCUGCCUCUGGGUUUCACCUUCUCCUUCCCCUGCAGACAGACCAGCUUGGAUGUGGGCAUCCUGGUAACCUGGACCAAAGGCUUCAAAGCCACUGACUGUGAAGGGGAGGAUGUUGUCGGGCUUCUCAGAGAGGGGAUUAAAAGGAGAGAGGAGUUUGACUUGGACGUGGUGGCAGUAGUUAAUGACACAGUGGGGACCAUGAUGACAUGUGCAUAUGAAGAGCCUACCUGUGAGGUCGGCCUGAUCGCAGGAACUGGCAGCAACGCCUGUUACAUGGAGGAGAUGAGGAACAUUGAGGUGGUGGAGGGGGAUGUGGGGAGGAUGUGUGUCAACAUGGAGUGGGGCGCCUUCGGGGAUAAUGGGUGCCUGGAUGAUAUCAGGACAGAAUAUGACAGAGCUGUGGAUGACUUUUCACUCAACCUUGGAAAACAGAGGUAUGAGAAGAUGUGCAGCGGUAUGUAUCUCGGAGAGAUUGUGCGAAAUAUCCUGAUCGACUUGACGAGGCGUGGCUUUCUCUUCAGAGGGCAGAUAUCAGAGACUCUGAAGACCAGAGGCAUUUUCGAAACUAAGUUCCUCUCCCAGAUUGAAAGUGACCGGUUGGCGCUACUGCAGGUGAGGUCUAUCCUGCAGCAGCUGGGUCUGGACAGCACAUGUGAUGACAGUAUCAUCGUCAAGGAGGUGUGUGGUACAGUGUCCCGCCGGGCGGCUCAGCUCUGUGGAGCCGGAAUGGCUGCCGUUGUCGACAAAAUCCGAGAGAACCGUGGGCUGAACCAAAUGGACAUCACCGUUGGGGUGGAUGGAACACUCUACAAGCUACAUCCACACUUCUCAGGGAUCAUGCACCAGACAGUGAAAGAGUUGGCCCCUAAGUGCAACGUCAACUUCCUUCUCUCUGAGGACGGGAGUGGCAAGGGUGCAGCCCUCAUCACUGCUGUGGGCUGUCGCAUGCGUGAGCAGAAGAGCUGAGUGUGUUUGGCUUAACCCCCUCUCCACUCCUCCUCCUCUUCUUUCUCUCCUUAUAGUAGCAUACCACUCUAGCAAUAACACUUACAGUAUUUUCCACUUAACCACUGCUUCAGAAACCAACUAUUGUUCGUCUGUGGUGGGCAGAUCUCAAGGGCACCAAUGACAGAACAUUUACAUGCUUUAAACAAUUUCACUUCUUCACCUGCUAUUACCAGCCGUUUGGUCUUUGUGUUGAUCUGCUAUUCUGUAUGCAAGGAACUGGGCUCUUUGUUUGAAUUCAUCUUAUUUGUGAUGUUAUAACACUGCUUUGGGCAUUUGGGUAUAUGUAUAAUAGGAAAUAUUUCUGCUUUGAAUGUUGUACCUGUAUACCUUGUUCAGGUAUAUAAAUGUAAAUGUUAUUUGAUUUUUGUAUUGGGUGGAUGUUUUGACAUAAUGAGUUGUAAGGGAGAAUCAUUGCAAGGUUAAGAAGUUAUCUUGUGAAAUCUGGUUUUUAUUUUUAACUUGGCAUUCUUCUUUAAGUGUUUCAAAGAUAUCAAAUGUCACCCUUUUUUGUAUUUGCUUGAUAGAAUUUGUAGGGUUGUUAUGAAUGAACCAUUGUUCCUUGACCUUUGAGUAUCUUUUCAUUGCUCAAGGGUAGGCUGCUCACAAGCUCAUUCAAAAGUAAAUGCAGCCACGCUGUAGGAUGCUUCCUCUAUGCAUUGCUUUGGCAGUCUUUGUGAAACCUCAGGCUGAAUCAUGUUAAGGGCCAGAUUCAAUCAGAGCCUGCUGAAAAUCAGAUAUUGAAAGCAACUGUAUCAAUAUAACUGGCUUUUGUGAAUAAGAUAAUGACUUGAAUUCCAGCAGUGCACAAUGUACAAAAGAAGACAUUUAUAACAGAAUGAAUGGAGCAAUAUGUGUGUGAGCAUAUGUUUGUAUACUGCAGUUGAAUGUUCAACCUUACUGUAAGAAAAAACAUUGCUAUAAGAUUAUAUAAUAAAUGCUUAUCUUAUUUAGUGUUAGAAAUCUAGAUUAGAAUUAUUUUGUACAAUCAGAGAUGCAAAAAACUGGUAAAAAAGGAUGCAUUGGGAUUCAAUUACAUUUAUUUUGAUGUGCAACCAAAUAUAAAGUUGUUAGUCAUCAGAUAAAGACCUAUUGUAAAUAGCUUUUCAAUAAAGGUCCACUUCCAUUCUGA